AUACUGGCUAUUGCAUCAUUAUCAAGGAGGCAAAUCAUGUCUCUGGGAGCUCUGUGAUGUUACUGAGCAUUAGGUUCAGAUGUUGUUAGCCCAAUCCAUCCAUCAAAAAAGCUCCCCAUGAGCCUUUCACCUAUUGUUGACAUCUUUCUGUGGGUUUAGAUUUCCUGUACCCAUGAUUAAGGAGCCCUGGUGGCAUAGUGAGCUACACUUUGGGCAGUUAACUACAAAGUCAGGAGUUCGAGUGUUCCUAUUCCUCCUUGGGAGAAAAAUUUGGUUUUCUGCCACUGCAAAGAUUGACAGCCUCAGAAACCUUGAAAGGAAACUUCCCUGUUACUAUAAGUCAGGGUUGACUUGAUAACAAUGUUUGUGUGUUUGGGGCGGGGGGCAAGGUGGGUAGUUCUACUCUGCCCUAUAGUGUUGCCAUGAGACAGCCAACUCUGAAGUGGUGGGAGAAGUAUUACUCAUAUUACUCCUCACUUACUGACAUGCUUAAGUUCUAAAGACCAGGUCAUUAUUGCAAAAAUUGUUGUUAAUGUGAAAAUGGAAGAUGACUACAUCGUUACAUAGCUUUCGGCCGCUCAGAAUCACAGCGCAGCUAAGGUGACACAGCCUUAACCACCACAGCCAGAAUUAACUUUUGACUCUCACCUCCAGUGUUUGUUCUUGCCAGAGGUAUAUCACUCAUGCAAAAUGCAUGUCAGAGUAUUGGUUUCUAACGCCAUUAGUGUAAUUACUUAAUUUCCUCUCAGAGAAUGAGACAGUCAAUAAGUAAGGAGUCGGUGUUGUGCAUUACCCAUUGUUAUUGAGUGGAUUGUGACUCACAGCAACUUUAUAGGACAGCGUAAAACAACCCCGUAGGGUUUUCGAGCAUGUCAUCUUUCGGGAAGCAGACGCAUCUCGUCCUGGGGAGCAGCUGACUACAGUCAUGAGUCGGUGCUCUACCAACCGCCAAAGUUGCAAAGGGGAUUUGGAAAUGGAGGCUUUGUUGGAAGGAAUGCAAACUCGGGGACAUGGCGGGGGAUUUUUGACAUCCUGUGAAGCAGAACUUCAGGAGCUCAUGAAACAGAUUGACAUAAUGGUGGCUCAUAAAAAAUCUGAAUGGGAAGGUCAGACACAUGCUCUAGAAACUUGCUUGGACAUCCGUGAGCAGGAACUUAAGACUCUUAGGAGUCAGUUGGAUAUGAAGCAUAAAGAGGUUGGAAUAUUGCGCCAGCAGGUAGAAGAACAUGAAAAAGUCAAGCAAGAAAUGGCCAUGGAAUAUAAACAAGAGUUAAUGAAACUGCACGAAGAAUUAGGCAGACUGAAGAGAAACUAUGAAAAGCUCCAAAAGAAGCAAGUAAGGGACUCCAGAGGAAAUACCAAAAGUCUCAGGGAGGAUCGCUGUGAAAUUGAGAGGUUAACUGGAAAAAUAGAGGAAUUUCGUCAGAAAUCACUGGACUGGGAGAAGCAACGCUUGAUUUAUCAGCAACAGGUGUCUUCUCUGGAGGCACAAAGGAAGGCCCUGGCUGAACAAUCAGAGAUCAUUCAGGCUCAGCUUGCCAAUCGGAAACAGAAACUAGAGUCUGUGGAAAUGUCCAGCCAGUCAGAAAUACAGCAUCUUAGCAGUAAGCUGGAGCGGGCCAAUGACACCAUCUGUGCCAAUGAGAUGGAAAUAGAGCGCCUCACCAUUCAAGUCAGCGACUUGCUUGGAACCAAUAUGAGUGUGCUGCACGAUCAGCGGCGAAAAGAGGAAGAACUGAAAGAAUCUGAAAAGAUGUUAGAGAUUUUGCGGGAAGAGAAGAGAGAAUUGAAGGCAACACUUCAGUCUCAAGAAAAUUUGAUCCGUGAUGCAAGAUUUCAAAAGGAGAAGCUACAAGCAAAACUAAGGGCGACUGACACUCAGCACCCAGUAGAAAUCACAAGGCCACUGGAGGGGCCUCAGUCAGAAAGGAGGUGCCACUGCCAAGGGCAGGGGUACUUAGAACAUGUGCUCUCGCAGCUGGAUUUCACCCACACUAGUGAGAAGCUUCUGCAGGCAGAGGUGACUCGUCUUGAAGGCAGCUUGGAGUCUGUGAGUGCAACAUGUAAACAGCUGAGUCAAGAAUUAAUGGAAAAAUAUGAAGAAUUGAAGAAGAUGGAAGGACAUAACAAUGAGUACAGAGCGGAGAUUAAAAAGUUGAAGGAGCAGAUUUUACAGGCUGAACAAAGCUACAGCUCUGCACUCGAGGGAAUGAAGGUGGAGAUUUCUCAGCUCACUCGGGAGCUGCAUCAGCGAGACAUCACCAUUGCUUCUGCCAAAGGUUCUUCUUUAGACAUGGAAAAGCGACUCCAAGCUGAGAUACAGAAAGCAGAGGAAAAAGCAGUGGAGCACCAGGAGAUUUUGGAUCAGCUGGAGUCACUCAAGUCGGAAAACCGCCAGCUUUCGGAAACCGUGAGGACAUUGGAAUUGGGUCUGCAUGAGGCAAAAGAGAUCUCUCUAGCAGACCUCCAAGAGAAUUAUAUUGAGUCAUUAAAUAAAUUAGUGUCUGAAAAUCAACAACUACAGAAUGAGCUGAUGGAUACCAAAUCUAAGCUGGAGGCUUCCACUCAGAUGUGCCCCCCCCCAAAUGACAGGACUUUUAAAGCGACACCCAGCAGAGCUGUUGAGUUGAAGAAUACAGAGUUCAAGCCAACCCAUGGCCAGCGCAGACGGGAUGGAGUAAAGACUGAGUUCUACAAAGCAGGCCUUCGGUCCCCUCCGAGAAGACAGGCGUCAGAGAGUGUAGAGACGGGCUCCCGGGCCCUCAGUCCCCUAAGCCCUCCAACCAGCCUUUGCAGCUCUACCGUCUCUCUGCCUUCCAACUGUCUGUGUCAAAGCGACUCCUUGCCUUCAGCGUUAGAUGCAAACGAUGCCAAUUUUUCUGACACUGUGUCUGAGAAUGCGAAUGACCAGGAAGAGUUUAUAUCUUUGUGCCCAUUGCCUGUGUCUCCCCUGGGCUCAAUCGCCACACGGUUUCUGGAAGAGGAGGAGCUGAGGUCUCAUCAUAUUCUGGAGCGCCUGGAUGCCCACAUCGAAGAGCUCAAAAGAGAGAGUGAGAAGACAGUGAAACAAUUCACAGCUCCGAAAUAGCAUCCGAAAAGUCAAGGCUUGGGAAUGGAGCUGCACCCCCAGAGUUAUCGUCACUAGAGCCGAAGCUCUCUAAAGCACGAACCUAUAAAAAUUUACCAAGAUGCUACAUACUGGCGCAUUUGUGAAGAAAUCUGAAAAUUUGAUGUCCCUCUUAGUCAUUUUCAUUGCAAUAGUUUAUUUGAAGGACUCUUUCCAGCAUUAACUUAUAAGAACAAACCUCUUGGCUAGGUUUUUUCUCAUAUUGACGUUUAUUAUCAUAAAGUGAUACUUUCUCCCGCUGACUUAUAUGUGAAUAUCUCUGUCUCCUAAUAAAAAUAAAGAUUUUA